AUGUUUUCAGUGCAUUUUAUCAUGUCAACAUUUGAAGAACUGACAAAAGUACUUUUGAAUCGUACGCCAUUACCUGCUCUUGUAGCACCGCAUCCAUCUAAUCGUUCCCAGCGCGUGAUUAGUACACCGUGGAAUCCAAAAAUCACCGAACAACUUCAACAACUUCAAAACUCAUCUUCUCCACCACCUCUUGUCGCUUUAGCAGCUUUACAUUUGCUUAAUGACGAUAUUGGUUCUUGUCAUGAUAUCGUUGAGAAACGUGAAGGUGAAGGUAUAUGUGAUUAUCUACACGCUAUUCUACAUCGUCGUGAAGGUGAUUAUUGGAAUUCAAAAUAUUGGUGCCGUCGUGUAAAAGGAAAGGAAUUUGAAUCGAUCUAUGGUGAAGACAAAUAUCGACGAUUUGGUAAUAGCACAGCUAGUGGCCUUGAAGAAGCGCGUAAACGAGCACAAGCCUAUGUCGAUCGUUGUGAAGCGGUAACUAAGAGUGGAAUUAAGGAUGAAGAAGAAGAGUUGAAAAGCUUACAAUAUGAUGAGAUGAAGAAAGUGUUUGAGUUUGCGCGUGGAAAUUUUUCGGCGUAA